UUGAAACUCAGAGCAUUUCCUCACGGUCACUCAGCUGAACUUACAUCUCCUGCCAACAUGUCCUACAGCUGCUGCUCUGGAAACGUCUCCUCCAGCUCCUUUGGGGGGUACAUGCGCUAUGUAAACUCCUCCUGUGGCUCAUCCUGCCCCAGCAACCUGGUCUACCGUACUGACUCCUGCUCUCCCAGCACCUGUCAGCUGAGCUCCUCCCCUGCUAGUGCCUGUCAGGAGAACUGCUGUGAGCCCACCAGCUGCCAGACAUCCUGCAUGGUGUCCAGACCUUGCCAGACGUCCUGCAACAGUCCGAGGACCUCCACACUCUGCAAUCCCUGCCAGACGACUUGCUCCGGGUCUGUGGGCAUUGGGUCCAGCAGCUGCCUUUCCCUGGGCUAUGGAUCCAGAAGCUGCUACUCACUGGGUUGUGGAUCCCAGGGCUCCAGAUCCAUGAGUUAUGGAGUCUGUGGCUUCCCUUCACUGGGCUAUGGAUCCAGAUUCUGGGAUCCAACCAACUUGGCUUCUAGGAGCUGCCAGUCUUCUUGUUACAGACCAACCUAUAGAUCAGCCUUCUGUAAACCAACUUGUUGAGUUUCCAGACGCUUUGAGUAAAAUGUUUCAGUCUCUACAUAGAGCUGCUACUGUAGUGUUCUCAGUAAUGUCAGCUAAUGCCUCUUAUCACCAGCUCUUCACCCUUUGUCUGGCAUCAGGUAUCAGCUGAUAGUUCCUUCAGUGAACCUAACAAAUGAUGAAAAUAUUAAGUGUGUGCCUGUAAUUUUGAACAAUUGACUAAGAAUUACAUAAAUUCUUCUUACAAAAUGUAUGGAAGUUCAGUUUUGCUUGACCUAAUAAACA